CUGUGCAACAUUUGGGAUCCAUCCAAACUUACGAUUACGGGCCGGGCGAGGUCGUUGGACUCCGCGUAGCGUACAUGUAGUCUUCGGAAGACUGCAUGUACGCUACGCGGAGGGGGGGAAGACGCUUUCCCCCAACGUGUAGGCGACUGACAAGUGGCGUGCGCGAUUGGUGUGGACUAUCCGAAGGUGUAUCCAUAACUCCUAGACCCUGGAGACUCGAACGAAACCCGCGGCAUGCAUCGGUCAAAUGGGCCUGCCUUUUAGCUCAGGCCCAGCAUACAUCUUGACCAAACUUUGGUCCAAGAAGCAUGCGCACUCUGCGACGGAAGCUGCCCACGCUCACGGUGGUGACACAAGAAUCUUGCAUGCCACAUCUUGUCAAGAUGUGGCAUGAAUUGCUUUUGGGUGCCAAAUUGGAAGCGUUUCAUGUGGCAUUUCGUCUAUCGCUGGUGCCAUCUGGUCCUCGAGUUGUCGGGUUGCGCCUUCUUUUGGGGGGAAUUGGGCUUGCAGGUCUUUACCUGACCGACUCUAUUGGGCGCCUGUGCUCGCCGUUCAUUCCGCGCGGCGAAGGACUUUCCCACUGGCCAAGGCCUCAGCACUUCGCUUCACAAGCACUCACUCCAUUGACCUGGAGUAUUCGCCUCACCUGGCCCAGACGGAAGGGUCGGAAGGUAGACAGCAGAAGACACAGGUAGCUUGCUAGCCGCAGCGAGUAGGCUCGCGGCAACACAACACAGAGACAGGUAUGGGCGCCAGAAAACUUUGCGCGCUGUUGCUGCUGGCGCUGUACGCUUUGGUGCUCGUCACGGCGCAGACCAACAACUCCACCACCACCACAGGAGGCACCACCACCACUGGGGGAACAACCACAACGACGACGACGGAUACGUCUUCAGAUGAUGAUACCGACUCAUCGUCAGACACCUCGACGACCUCGACGACGACCACGGCGCCAACUCCUACGCCGACACCGACUACCAAGACCCCUUCGACGACUACCAAGACACCGACAGCCACUACGGAGGCCCCGAAAGCCACUACGGAGGCUCCGUCAGCCACUACCCCGACGCCAACGACCGCGACGCCGACGGCGACUACGCAGGCUCCCACUGCUACGACUGAGGCGCCUACGGCUACGGUAGCGGCUGCGACGUCUGGCUCGACUGACACCACGCAGUCUUCUGCGCUAGACUCAUCAUCAACCACGUCGAUUUAUGGCACAGCGGCGCCGAGUAGCUCUGGCGGCUCGAUGAGCGCAGGCACUGGUGACUCUAGCUCCUCUUCGUCGUCCAGCUGGAUCGUGCCUGUUGUCGUUGCCGCCGUGGUGGUUCUCGCGCUGCUCAUUAUCACCUUCUACGUUCGUACGCGGAAGCGCGAUGACCAGGACGACCUGGAUCGCCAGAGCGACAUGUUCUUCGAGGCCCCGCGCUCCAAUACGAACAACUACGCGAACGCUGCCGGUACAGGCGGCAACCACGGCAUGGUGGGUGGCGUGACGGCGGAGGAGCGUGCCCAGAAGGAGGUCAUCAUGGCCAUGCGCAAGGAGUCGGCUGUGACGGCGGCACCUGCUGCCAUCCCGCCUGUGUCUUCCAAGAUGCGCAGUGACUCGGUGACCGGCGCCCCACCGCAGACGCGCACCCGUCAGGACUCGGUGCCGAUUCUGGCUGAGCCACGCUUCACGUUGCAGCAGCAGGUAGAGCUGGAGCAGUCGCAGCACUCGAUGCGUGUGGCCGGCGUGCCACGCUCUCCACAGGCGAUGACCAGCCCCGUCGGUCAGUCGUUCGAGCCGGGCACCUCGUUUGAGCCGGGCAAGUCCUACGACCCGUCGCACCCGACGCCGGGCGCAUCCGUGCCGGGGGUGACCCUGUAAGGGACGUCAAGUGCCAGCAGGUAUCUUUGAGGGAGGUGGCGGUGCGGCUGCCGUAGAAGGUGGAGCUGCGCCGGCGUGCCUUGUACAUCCUUUUUUGCUCGUAGACGCGUGGCGGUUGCGCCGCGCUCCCUCGUUAGCUUUAAUGAACCAAUAAACCAAUUGAAAGAACAGA